CCGAAGCCGGAAGAUAUCAUGUCUGGAGCCGACUUGCAGCGCAUCGAGUCGUACCAAUACCCGGCCACCCAUGUGGGACACUUGAGCCCUGGACAAGAGAAGGCACUGCUGGCGUUCAAGGAGCUAUGUCAGGAAAAGGGCUACUACAACCCGACAGGGGGUUCCAAUGGACUGCCCAGCCACGAUGACGAGACGAUGCUGCGGUAUCUGCGCGCUCGCAAGUUUGUACCUAGCGAAGCAUUUGGCCAGUUCAAGGAUACAGAAGACUGGCGCAAGGAGAACCAACUCGAGAAGCUCUACGACACCAUCGAUGUUGGCGAGUAUGAGCAGACUCGUGUCNUUGGUUGGUUGAUCAUACCGUCGGAAGUCUGUCCACACGCUCACAAGCUGCAGUACCCCCAAUGGACUGGCCGACAAGACCGCCGCGGUAUCCCUGUAUACAUCUUCGAAGUCGCCCACCUGAACAGUAAGGCUGUCUCGGCCUACGAGGCUUCGACUUCGUCUAAGAACCAAUCCGUGCAGUCUAAGAUCCCUGCCAAAAUGCUCCGUCUGUUCGCCCUGUACGAGAACCUCACCAACUUUGUGCUGCCUCUCUGCUCGGAGAUGCCCAACCGCCCCUUCCCAGAGACGCCCGUAUCGCAGUCGAGCAACAUUGUUGACAUUUCGAACGUUGGUUUGAGACAAUUCUGGAAUCUGAAGAACCACAUGCAGGAUGCCAGUCAGCUGGCCACCGCACAUUACCCAGAAACUCUGGAUAGAAUCUUCAUCAUUGGAGCUCCUUCAUUCUUCCCGACCGUCUGGAGCUGGAUCAAGAAGUGGUUCGAUCCUAUCACUGUCUCGAAAAUCUUCAUUCUUUCCAAGCAAGAAAUGUACCCGACACUCUCCAAGUACAUCGAACCGGAGAACAUCCCCGAGCAAUAUGGCGGCAAGUUGAAGUACAAGUUUGGCGAUCUGCCCAACAUUGAUCCAGACCUCCACAAUGUGCUUCAGUGGACCGCACCGCAUAAGCUAAACGGCAUGGACACAAUCCCUAGCGGUCCCAUCAGAUGGGUCACAGAACCCAAUGGCGACAGAGUUGCAGUUGCAGUAGGCACAGAGAACGGCAAGCCUCGCGACCGCGAGGUUGCCGUUGUCAAGGCAUCCCAGCAACCCGCCCCUGCUGCCCCAGCCGCAAGCGAACAGGCCAGACAAGACGCCGAACUCUACAGAACCACCAGCGGCGAACACACACACCCACCCAGUCCCCCUUCAGGCGAAACCACCAUGCCCCAACCCUCCUACGACGGCACCCCCGCUACCGCAACCCCCACCACCACGCUCCCUGUCCGCGAACACCACCAAGUUUCCUCCACGCAGACAUCUGCAAACCAGCCCAGUACAAACAGAACAGGCACUUCAGGUACGAGCUACAUUGCGCAAUCCCACACGCACGCCCACGGUACCCUCGCCGACGGCACGCCCGACAAGCGCGAAGGCACUUUUGGCGACACUUAUGGCGUAAACGAACCUAACACUAUCGGUCAGGCGCCUAAAGAACACCCCAUGCCCGAGGCAGAGGUGCCGCAGCCCACGUAUGUGGAACAAGCCAAGGAGGUUGCGGGAAAUGCGUAUAGCACUGCUGCCAAUGUGGGCGCGAGCGCGUUGGCUGCUGUGGGCUAUGGCACCAAGGAGGAAAAUAAGGAAGUGAUUGAGGAGGCUCCCAAGAAGCCCGAGGAUCCGAGAGUGGAUGCCAUGGGUGACAGAAAUCUUGAAGAGUUCCUGCGCAGCAAGUAUGAAAGUCCUGCUGCUGCAAAGGCGAAGGAGUGA